AUGAGCCUUCAGCUCGCCCUUUUCUUCCGGUGGCACAGGCAAGGCCAUCAGCGGCCAACUGCAAACCAUACGUUCCUGGAGCUACUUUUAAACCUGGAUUAUGUCUCUUAUGGCCAGGACUACCCCGAGGUAAUGCAGGCGCAUCGCGACAACCGCAACUACCUCAAGUGGAACUUGGAAGGUACAGCGCGAAUGCUCGCACUCUACUUCCCCACCAAGCACAUUCUGGUUGUGAGACCUUCUAGGAUAGAAUAUAAGAGCUUCAGUUGCUACGACAAUUUCGUGCCAAGCAACAAUGCGGGAGUGCCGGACCACACUCCCACGCACAGUGCACUACACCACCUGGAAAGGUUACUGCAAGGUGUGACAACUAGGCUAAAAUCAAUGCCAACAUCGGAGUUAUUGGAAGCGGUGUCGUCAGUGUCGUUGCCUGAAGAAAUCGACAUUGAAGAACUGCACAACGCGUCCGUGCACCCGCUGAACACGAACAAGGCCAACGGGUCGGGUGCGUCGCUGCCCGCUGCCGGUAGUCCGCCGGGCGCGCAUAAGCCAGACCUGGACCCGCUCUGGUGGAGAGACCACCUUGCGCUUGACGAGUGCGCGCUGACGCUGAUCGGAUUCAGCAAAGGCUGCGUCGUCCUCAACCAGCUCAUCUAUGAAUUCCAUUAUACGAAGACACUUACGCCUGGAGAUACACAUAUGAUGAGAUUCAUGGAAAGGAUAGAAGACAUGUACUGGCUGGACGGCGGGCACGCGGGCGGCAAAAAUACAUGGAUCACGUCUCGGAGUUUACUCGAAACCCUCACUAGAUUGAAUGUGAAUAUCUACAUCCACGUGAGUCCUUACCAGGUGCACGACGAGGGCCGGCCUUGGAUAGGCCGCGAGGAGAAGGCCUUCACGGGCCUGCUCAGGAAACUAGGUGCCAAGGUAAACAGAUACUUGCACGACCAACCCGGCGUCGCCCAGUCCCUGCCGAUGCAUUUCGACGUGUUGGCCAACUUCAAACGAAUGCAGGACAGCACACCGUCAACUCUUGCCGAUUCAUCGGACGAAGAUAGUUAGAUGCGUACGUGUAGCAUUUGUGUUUUAAUUUAUGACGUGUAGGACAACCCGAUGCUUGACGAACUCAUUUGUUGAAUAGUUUUAUUUUAACUCUAUUCAUUUUAAAAUGUACGUGGUGCCAUCUAUCCACUGAUAUAAGUAACAUUUUUGUGUGAUGCUACCCUAGAUACACCUAAUGUCACAUCGCGGCAAAAUGGUUCAGUGGCUAUGUCAUUUCAUC